AAAAAACAAAAAAAAGUUGUUUCUUUUGAAAAGAAACACUUCUUCGACGGAACAAAAGAACAAAAACCAAAGAAACAAAAGAACAAAAUCGGAACAAAGGCGACGAACUCUUCUCCUUCGUGCGUGCUCGUCGCUCCUCUCGUCGGCUGAAGCUUCGUUCUUCCUUUUCCGGCGUCUCUCCCAUCUCUCCGGCGGCUCCCACUCGGCUGACUCUCCGGCGACUCCUCACUCCGGUGACUCCAGGUACGUUUCCGGUGCUCCUCCUUCUCCGGUAAGCGUUGCUCCCCCUUCGGCGCGACAGAUCUGGGACGGCUCGCUCGAGCCUUGAGCGAGCGUUGUUCGCCCAGAUUUGCCGCGCCGAAGGGGGAGCAACGCUCGCUCGAGAGCGAGCUCGAGCUGCAGCUCGAUCUGCAGCUGCUCGAGCUCCCCUUCGCUCGAGCAGCAGCUCCAGUGAUGCGGCGGCGCAGCUCGGAGACGGACCGAGGCGGCGGCGCGGGAUCGAGGGAGGGAAGUGGGAGCGGCGGGAGUGAUGCGGCGGAAGGCGGAAACUUGGGCGCCGAAAAGCCGGCGCGGUCCGGUGUGGAAGAGGAGGAGGUGCUCCUAAGCGGCGACGGCGGCGAUGCCGGCGUCGCGUUGAGGAGCGAAGAGGAAUCGGAGAGUAAAUUGAGGGCGAGGGGUGGGCGACAGGUGAUGAGGCGAUCGAGCAUGGUGGCGAAGCAAGUGAUCAGCAUCGAAUCUGCUCUUGGCUUGGGGUUCGUCUCUCAGCUCUGGGUGGAUACCCUCUCGUUUUCUGUUGUCUGUUGUGGGAAGCAAAAGUCGAAGUUAUCUCUAGAAGUGUCGACGCUUUCUGGGUAAGGUUCCGUCCGACCACCCCAUCUGUCUCGAUCGCGCUCGACACUUGGCCGUCCUUCUUCGUUUGGUUCUCUCGUCGUUGCUGCGUGCUGUUUCCGUUUUAGUUUGAU